AUGACCCUCGACACCAUUCCCGUCCCCGAGCCGAAGAAGGGAAGGAUGUUGCCUGCCAGGCUCUGUGACUUAGCGGUCCUCCUCAAAGUCCAGUUGGCUGCCGUCAAUCCGAUCGACUGGAAGCUCUUCAGUGGCGGCCUUCACGGAAUCUGCCCCGUAACUUUUCCGUACGUUCCGGGCUUUGACGUGGCCGGGAAGGUUGCAAAGGUGGGAGAGGGAGUCACGGACUUCGCCGUCGGAGACGAGGUGGUCGUCGACAUCGGCCUUUGCGAGACCUGCUGCAACGACAGCCCUGCGGGUCCCUGCGGAGCCUUUGCUGAGUAUGCUGUCGCCCUUGCAGACACGGUCGCAAAGCGGGACGGCCUCAGCGCUGAGGAGCUGGUGGGCCUUCCGCUAGCAGGUCUUACUUCCUAUCAGGCGCUGUUCACAGGCGCUGGCCGUGAUUUCACCGGAGCAGAGUUGGGCAAGGUCGCCGAAGGCAAGAAGGUGUUGAUCCUCGGUGGCGCGGCUGCGACCGGUGCCAUCGCUAUCCAGCUGGGCAAGGCUGUUGGCGCCUACGUGACCACGACAGCGAGCCCGAACAAGAUGCCGGAUGGGAGCACCAAGAUCGACUACAUGAAGAAGUUGGGUGCUGAUGAGGUGAUCAACUACAAGGAGGCAGACUGGGCCGAUGCCUUGGCGGGCAAGGAGUAUGACCAGAUCUACGACUGCGUCGGAACACCAGAGGACUCAGUUGUCAAGGUCGCAGAUUAUGCAGCCGAAUGUGGCCUGUAG